GUCACCUUCAGUCUCAGAAAACACAAGAUUCUCUUUCUCAAAUUCUCACCAUCAAUUCCUCACUCUACACUAUGAUCAUUUUAACAUAACUAAUAACUUAAAGGUGGUGUCAUCAUCAUCACCACACUCUCACCCUACCCAACUUUUCUUAACCUUCUUUCACUCUGAUGCAACCUUACAUUAAUCCAAUUUCAAUUAUUCAAAGACAAACCCAACCACUUCCCAUCUUUCUCUCUUCUUUUCUGUGCAGUUGAGAAGAAAAAUAUGCUCCAAUCCAACAAGCAAAGAAGUUUCUUCUUUAUCCUUUUUCUCUGACCCUUUUGUUCUCUCUACUUCAUACUUCAUGAUGAGUUUCUGUUCUGAUCACACCAAGGGUGUUGUUUCCAAUGCACAUGUUUCCUCUGCAGCUGGAAAUGACUCUUCUGAGAACAAAAGCCUCAAACUCGUAUCCUUUUUGAGAAAAACCAUGUGGAACUUUGCCUUGGCAUGUGUUGGUGUUGGUCCUUGUGGUGGCAACAACGACAAUAACAGUCAAAGGAAGACAACAUCGGAGCAUAACAAGGCGUGGUUGCUGGCGGAGUCUGGAGCAGAAUUGACUAGUGCUGACCCUCAAUCGCAUCAUUCCUCUUUCAGGUUCAGCUUCUGCUCUCAGGUUGAGGUUGAGUCCUUCAACAUGAGCUCUUCUGCUUCUGCUGCUGCCGCUGCAACCUUUUUGAUGGUAAAUUUGGAAUGUGAAUCUCAAGUUAAGGAGAUGAAAUGGAGAAUACAUUCACUGGAGAAAAGCAUGUCUCCAGUCUUCAACCCUCUGAUCAGGUUCAGCUAUGAUGAAAUUCUCUCAGCUACUCACAAUUUCUCCAAAGGGAGAGUGUUGGGGAGAGGUGCCUUGAGCUGUGUUUAUAGAGGAAGAGUUGGGUUUUGGAGAACUGCUGUUGCUAUUAAAAGGUUGGACAAGGAAGACCAAGAGUGUGCCAAGGCGUUUUGCAGAGAAUUGAUGAUUGCUAGUUCUCUUCAUAACACAAAUGUUGUUCCUCUUGUGGGGUUUUGUAUUGACUCAGAAGAGGGUUUGUUUUUGGUAUACAAGUAUGUGUCUGGGGGCAGCUUAGAGCAUCACUUGCAUGGGAGGAAGAAAAGUGUGAAGGGUAGUUCACCACUUCCAUGGUCUGUGAGAUACCAAGUUGCAAUUGGGAUUGCAGAAGCUGUGGCUUAUCUGCAUAAUGGAACAGAAAGAUGUGUUGUUCAUAGAGACAUUAAGCCUUCAAACAUUCUGCUCUCCUCUAAGAAGAUUCCCAAGUUAUGUGACUUUGGAUUAGCUACAUGGACUUCUGCCCCAUCAGUUCCUUUUCUUUGCAAAACAGUGAAAGGAACAUUUGGUUAUUUGGCUCCUGAGUAUUUCCAACAUGGGAAAGUGUCAGACAAGACUGAUGUUUAUGCUUUGGGAGUUGUUUUAUUGGAACUCUUAACUGGCCGCAAGCCAAUUGAAGCAAAAAGACCCCCUGGAGAGGAAAACUUGGUAGUAUGGGCUAAACCUUUGCUCAGGAAAGGGAAAGGAGCGAUUGAAGAAUUGCUUGAUCCUCAAGUCAAGAACAAUACAAGUUACACAGAUCAAAUGGGUCGGAUGGUUGAUGCAGCAGCUGCUUGUGUUACAAAUGAAGAAUCUAGGAGGCCAAGCAUAGGUGAAAUUGUUGCAAUACUGAAAGGUGAAGUUGAACCUGUGCUGUCUAGAAGAAGGAAAUCUGGUUAUCUUGGUAAUGGGUUUGUGAUUGAUUAUUACCCUCAGUUACAUCAAACAAACAAUGAGAUGAAAAGUCACUUGGCCUUGGCAAUGCUAGGAGUUCCAGAGUGUGAGGAUGAUGAUUUUCUCUACGGUCGUUGAGAAUUGUUUUUUCCAUGAUUCUCACCAUAGUUCAGGGUUUAGAUGUCAAUGUUUUCAUGUUGUUAGCAGAAACAGAAGUUCAGAGGAACAUUGCUUGUUUGUACAUUUCUUCCCUUACCCCAAGGAGUAAAGUGUAAUAUAUUUUCUUGAGUAUACAAAUA